AUGUGCAGUAUUGAUCCGGCGCAGCCGGCAAACAGACCGGGCGUCACAUACGAAGCGCCUGAAAGUCAUCCUGGACUACCUAGGGAUGUAGAGGGCGAGACAAACACCGUUGAUGAUGCGGAUUCCAUUGACUCGCACACGCUUAUUGCAAGAGAGUAUGGCGUUUCCACACAAUACGAACGCCAAGUCGCGCUUUUAAACUCUGCAAUCAACGAUGAAAUCGGGUUUGGAAAAUUUCAAGUAAAGCUCACAAUUUUGGCUGGCUUUGGCUGGCUGGCAGACAACAUUUGGUUCGAAAUCCUGUCCAUGACAUUACCGCAAGCCAAGCUGGAGUUUGGUCCAGAGCAUGUACAAUUUGCCACAUUAUCCUUGUAUUGUGGCUUGCUAGUCGGAUCCACUGGCUGGGGCUUUGCAUCAGAUAUUAUUGGUCGUCGACCUUCGUGGAACAUCUCGCUAUUUAUAUCUGCCGUGUUUGGUAUCGCUGUAGGGGCAUCAAACAACUUCCCCGCCAUGUGCAUCCUUUUGGGCUUCCUAGGCCUUGGCCUUGGUGGAAACUUGCCCGUGGAUGGCGCUAUGUUGAUUGAAUACAUCCCUGGACCGUACCAAUGGGUCCUUACUUUCCUUUCUAUUUUCUGGUGCCUUGGGCAGCUGUUUGCCGCAUUGAUCGGCUGGGCUUUUAUUGCAAACUGGCAUUGUGAUACCAGCGCAGAUUGCAGUUGGUCAAAAAAUGCAGGCUGGCGGUAUGCCUGGUUUCUUCUUGGUGGUGUGGUGCUGCUCAUGUGGAUCAUCCGCUUUUUUGUCUAUCCAAUCCCGGAGUCGCCUAAAUAUUUGCUCGCAACAAACCGUGUAGAGGAGGCGUACGAGGUGCUUUUGUUUAUUGCGCGUGAAAAUGGCAAGGAGACCACACUCACCUUGGAGAAGCUCCGUUUGGCUGGGCUUGGCCGCACGAUGAACGCAGAAGAGCAGAACCCCGAUCCUCGCGCCAAGGCGGAGAAGGAGGACGAAAAGCAGGUUGGUACGCUGCGUAUACGUCCUCCAAAGCCAUUGAGAGAUUCAAUUUCUAGGUCGUUCGAAUGGAGUUACGCAUUGAAUCCUAAGAAGGCAAUGGAAUUGUACAGAGCGAUGCACAAGUCGCCUGUGAGCGCACUAUUUGCAUCGCCGAAGAUGGCGCUCAAUACAAUCUUGGUUUGCUCUUGCUGGGGCGCAAUUGGUCUUGCCUAUCCAUUGUACAAUUCCUUCAUUGCCCUCUAUUUGGGCCAGGCAAUUACUGAUCUGUCCAUGACAGAAGAGUAUCGCCAGCUUGUCGAAAUUGCCGCUUGCGGUAUUCCAGGCAGUUUUAUGGCAGCUUUGCUUGUUGAGGCUCCGUUUGCGGGGCGCAAAUACACUAUGGCGUUCUUCACCGCACUGACGGGCAUUUUCCUGUUCCUAUUCACCACCGCAAAAACGUCUUCUGCUGUAUUGGGCUGGAACUGUGCUACGAGUUUGACGCAAAAUGCAAUGUACGCAGUUCUCUACGCCAUGACCUACGAAGUGUUUCCCGCUCCGCAACGUGGUACAGGUGAUGGCCUUUCCAUGAGUGUGCAGCGCGUUUUUGGUGUCGUUGCGACGCUCAUUGCUGUGUACGCGAGCGACGAUUACAAAACGCCUAUCUACGUUUCCGGUGCAUUUUUCUUGGUUACUUCAGCCCUCAUGGUAUUUUUACCGUACGAAUCUCGCGGCAAGACUGCAUUGUGA